CGUGCUCGCGCGCGCGGCCCAGCGAGCGGCGCUCGGGGGCCCGAGUGGCUGUGGCUAGGCGGCUCCGCGCUCCAGGGCUCCUCGGCGUGACGGCCGCGCCCGCGCUGUUCCAGCCCGCCGCCGAGGCCGCUCCCGGGGCGCGAAGAUGCCGGCCGUAUCCAAGGGGGACGGGAUGCGGGGCCUAGCGGUCUUCAUCUCCGACAUCCGCAACUGUAAAAGUAAAGAAGCUGAAAUAAAGAGGAUAAACAAGGAACUGGCAAAUAUUAGAUCAAAAUUUAAAGGUGACAAGGCUCUUGAUGGCUACAGUAAAAAGAAGUAUGUCUGCAAGUUGCUCUUCAUCUUUCUCCUUGGUCAUGACAUUGACUUUGGACACAUGGAAGCUGUGAAUCUUCUGAGCUCAAACAGAUACACGGAAAAGCAGAUUGGCUACCUUUUCAUCUCUGUAUUGGUGAACUCGAACAGCGAAUUGAUCCGCUUGAUUAACAAUGCCAUCAAGAAUGACCUGGCCAGCCGCAACCCCACAUUUAUGGGCCUGGCCCUGCACUGCAUUGCCAAUGUGGGUAGCCGUGAGAUGGCGGAGGCCUUCGCUGGAGAGAUCCCCAAGAUCCUCGUGGCAGGAGACACUAUGGAUAGUGUGAAGCAAAGUGCAGCCCUGUGCUUGUUGCGUCUAUAUAGGACAUCACCUGACCUAGUUCCCAUGGGCGACUGGACAUCCCGAGUGGUACACCUCCUCAAUGACCAGCACUUGGGUGUAGUGACUGCUGCAACUAGCCUCAUCACCACACUGGCCCAGAAGAAUCCCGAGGAGUUCAAGACUUCUGUCUCUCUAGCCGUCUCUCGACUGAGCAGAAUUGUGACGUCAGCAUCAACAGAUCUUCAGGAUUAUACUUACUACUUUGUCCCAGCUCCUUGGCUGUCAGUCAAACUUCUGAGACUGCUGCAGUGCUACCCACCCCCAGAAGACCCUGCGGUGCGUGGCCGUCUGACUGAGUGCUUGGAGACCAUCCUGAACAAGGCUCAGGAGCCACCCAAGUCUAAGAAGGUCCAACACUCAAAUGCCAAGAAUGCUGUGCUGUUUGAGGCCAUCAGCCUGAUCAUCCACCAUGACAGCGAGCCUAACUUGCUCGUCCGUGCCUGCAACCAGCUGGGCCAAUUCCUGCAGCACCGUGAGACAAACCUGCGCUACCUGGCUCUGGAGAGCAUGUGCACGUUGGCCAGCUCUGAGUUCUCUCACGAAGCUGUAAAGACCCACAUUGAGACUGUCAUCAAUGCCUUGAAGACGGAACGAGACGUGAGUGUACGGCAGCGGGCAGUGGAUCUGCUCUAUGCCAUGUGUGACCGCAGCAACGCCCAGCAGAUUGUGGCUGAGAUGCUGAGCUACCUAGAGACGGCUGACUAUUCCAUCCGAGAGGAAAUUGUGCUGAAGGUGGCCAUCCUAGCUGAGAAGUAUGCAGUGGACUACACCUGGUAUGUGGACACCAUCCUCAACCUCAUCCGCAUCGCGGGCGACUAUGUGAGUGAAGAGGUGUGGUAUCGCGUCAUCCAGAUUGUCAUCAACCGUGACGAUGUGCAGGGUUAUGCUGCCAAGACAGUGUUUGAGGCAUUGCAGGCUCCAGCGUGUCAUGAGAACUUGGUCAAAGUGGGAGGCUACAUCCUGGGGGAGUUUGGAAACUUGAUAGCUGGGGACCCACGUUCCAGCCCUCUGAUCCAGUUCAACCUGCUCCACUCCAAGUUCCACUUGUGCAGCGUCCCCACCCGGGCACUCCUGCUGUCCACCUACAUCAAGUUCGUGAACCUCUUUCCAGAGGUAAAGGCUACCAUUCAGGACGUGCUGCGCAGCGACAGCCAACUGAAGAAUGCAGAUGUGGAGCUGCAGCAGCGGGCUGUGGAGUACCUGCGACUGAGUACUGUUGCCAGCACUGACAUCCUGGCAACUGUCCUGGAGGAGAUGCCACCCUUCCCUGAGCGUGAGUCCUCCAUCUUGGCCAAGCUGAAGAAGAAGAAGGGCCCGAGCACAGUGACUGACCUGGAGGAGAGCAAGCGUGAGCGAAGCAUCGAUGUGAAUGGGGGUCCUGAACCUGUUCCAGCCAGCACCAGUGCAGCGUCUACACCUUCUCCAUCAGCAGACCUGCUGGGUCUGGGAGCUGCUCCCCCUGCUCCCAUGGGGCCCCCUUCCUCUUCUGGCGGUGGGCUGCUAGUGGACGUGUUCUCAGACUCAGCUUCUGCAGUUGCACCUCUUGCACCCGGCUCCGAAGACAACUUUGCCAGGUUUGUUUGUAAAAACAAUGGUGUGUUGUUUGAGAACCAGCUGCUUCAGAUUGGACUUAAGUCUGAAUUUCGGCAGAAUUUAGGCCGAAUGUUCAUAUUUUAUGGUAACAAGACCUCUACGCAGUUCCUGAACUUCACUCCAACACUAAUCUGUGCUGAUGACCUUCAGGCUAAUCUGAACCUGCAGACCAAGCCUGUGGACCCAACUGUGGAUGGAGGCGCACAGGUGCAACAGGUGGUCAACAUUGAGUGUAUAUCUGAUUUCACAGAGGCACCUGUCCUCAACAUCCAGUUCAGGUAUGGUGGUACCUUCCAGAAUGUGUCUGUUAAGCUGCCCAUUACACUCAACAAAUUUUUCCAGCCCACAGAAAUGGCUUCUCAGGAUUUCUUUCAACGUUGGAAGCAGUUGAGCAAUCCACAGCAAGAAGUGCAGAAUAUCUUCAAAGCAAAGCAUCCGAUGGACACAGAGAUCACUAAAGCAAAGAUUAUUGGAUUUGGUUCUGCACUCCUUGAGGAAGUUGAUCCGAAUCCUGCAAAUUUUGUGGGUGCUGGCAUAAUCCAUACCAAAACCACCCAGAUCGGCUGCUUGCUGCGCCUGGAGCCAAAUCUGCAAGCUCAGAUGUACCGACUCACCCUGCGUACCAGCAAAGACACCGUCUCUCAAAGACUAUGUGAAUUGCUGUCGGAACAGUUCUAAUCCACAGGCCAGAAGAGCAGGCUUUUUGUUUGUGCGUCUCUCUUGUCUCUACCGUUUGUCUUUGUACCGCACUGCAGAUAAACACCCCUUGUCUGAAAAGCUGCCGUUCAAGGCACCUCCAGUCGUACUCCUGCAGCCAGCCCUGUGGGUGUGGAGGGGAUGCAGGACAGUUUGAGAAGGGCUGCAGCAGGCCUGCUCCAUCAAAGAAGGGUGCCUGGACCUGGAAAUUCAAGGCAGUCCCGUGGUUCAACUACAAAUUAAAGGGAAAUUAGAAGUUUGAACGAAA